AUGCACACCCCAGCCACCAUGGUGAUGGGGAUCGUGUUCGCCCCGCUCGGGCUGGUCCUGGUCCUCACCGCCUCCAUCACGCCCCAGUGGAGGGAGGGACAAGCCCGCCUGGGCCUGACGGGGCCGGGCUCCCCGCCCCGCUCCAAGGCGCGGGGCGGCGGGGGCCCCCCGGGGCCCCUGGCGGCCGUGGAGACGCUGCUCCUGCUGCGCUCCGACGGCCUGUGGGAGAGCUGCCUGCAGGUGGUCCAGUCGGAGCUGAAGCAGUGCUGGCCCGUCACGGGGGCCUACCGGCGGGACCCCCGGCUGAGGCUGGCCCGAGGCCUGGUGCUGAGCUCCUUGUUCCUGUGCGGCACGGGCAUCGUGCUGGCCGGCGUCGGCGUGCGCUGCUGGAGCGACGUGCCCCUGAGGGGCGUGGCCGCCCUGGGGGGCUUCCUGGUGGUGCUGGCGGGGCUGCUGAGUCUGACCGCGCUGGGGGUCUACACACACAACCUGGGGAGGCUGGGCGUGGAUAACCCCGGGGAGGGCCCCGGGAGCGGCGGCGGCGGCGGCGGCGGGGGGGCCCCGCGCUACCCUCACCUCACCCUGCGCCCGGCCGGGUCGCUGUACUUCGGGUGGCUGGGCUCCUGCAUCCAGGUGCUCGGGGGGGGCGCCUUACUGCUGAGCUUCAAGAGGCCCUGGUGCCCGGCGACGCAGGCCUGCCCCGAGCUGCCCGCCUGCCCCGCCUGCCGGUCCUGCCCCGAGCUCAGCAGCAGUCCGGAGACGGAGGUGUAUGAGAUGAGCUGCUAGGGAGGACCAGCGCGGCCGGGGCAUAACGUCCUCUAACAGGGG